AUGGCCGAGAAAGGAGCUCCCCUCGCGGCCGUCAAGGUCGAGGCCCUGGUGGCCAUGAAAAUCAUCAAGCAUGGCUCCCAGUCCUUCCCGACCACCGCUACCGGUUCGAUCGUUGGUAUGGAUGUUGACGGUACUUUGGAAAUCACCAACUGCUUCCCGUUCCCCGUUGUCGAUUUGCCUCCGGAGUCGCACUUUGACACCACUGCGCCCAACCCGGCCGCUGCUGCUCCCCGUGCGAAGGCAAACGUGGUCUACCAGGCAGAGAUGAUCCGAAUGCUUCGCGAGGUCAACGUCGAUGCGAACAACGUCGGUUGGUACACGAGCGCGAACAUGGGCAACUUUGUCAACAUGAACGUGAUCGAGAACCAGUUCUUUUACCAGAAGGAGAUGAACGAGCGGACAGUUGCUCUUGUUCACGAUGUCAGCCGUAGCGCUCAGGGUACCCUGAGCCUCAGAGCGUUCCGUCUGUCGCCCAAGUUCAUGACUGCAUUCAAGGAGAACAAGUUCACGGCUGAAGAAUUGCAAAAGUCCAACUUGAGAUACCAGGACAUCUUCGUUGAACUGCCUGUCGAAAUUCACAACUCCCACUUGAUCACCUCUUUCAUCCACCAACUCCAGACCCCUAACCCCUCGGGCCCUACGGACCUCCCCCCAUCUCUGGCCGCCUUGGAAUCCAGCCCUUACGCCAAGUCGUCCGUCCUUACCCCCAACUUUGACAACCUGUCGCUCAACGUGGACCCCUUCCUCGAGAAGAACUGCGACCUUCUCUUUGACAGCAUCGAGACUCACCACACCGAAACCAACAACUUCCAGUACUACCAGCGUGCGCUCGCUCGUGAACAGACCAAGAUCAACAACUGGCAGCAAAAGCGCAAGACCGAGAACGCCACCCGUGCAACCCUCAAGCAGCCCCUCCUUCCCGAGGACGAAUGGCAACGGUUGUUCAAGCUGCCCCAGGAGCCUAGCCGCCUGGAGAGCAUGCUCAAUAGCCGACAAGUGGAACAGUACGCGCGCCAGAUCGACGGCUUUGUUUCUGCCACGACAGGCAAGAUGUUUGCCGUCAAGGGUAACCUUUUGCCCGGAGAGACCGCCAAAUAA